GUUGCACAACAUUUUAUUGGUGGCUUUGUAUUUUAUAAAUGUUAUUUACGCGGACACCGGAAAUACUGUAGACAGUAACGUUGUCAAGAAAGAAGAUCUCGUAUAUUGGCCUAAUGCUUCCAUACCUUUCUACAUCGACCCAGAACAUUAUGAUCAUGAGCAGUCUCUAUCUAUUAUGACGUCGCUCUCUCUGUUCUCAUUCAAAACAUGUUUGAAAUUCAACCCUGUGCUUGUAAGACCGACUACGACACAGCACGUUAUGCUGUUUGAAAAUCCAAAUGGAGUCAGAAAAUGCAUCUUCAAUACUGCAGGACAUUCUACAAAUGAACCACAUCGGAUCACCCUCGGGUACGCGUGUCUCAAGUCUCCACAGUUAGAGAUGAUGGUAAUGAGAGCCCUCGGCUUCGGGUUUGAACAUAACCGCGCCAGUAGAGACAUCUAUAUCGACGUCCAGUUGGAAAACAUUGAUUCAGAUGCAAUGGAGUUAUUCGCUAAAGAUGGCAAGUUGCCGCAAGAACUUCGCCCCUUAAAGUAUGACGUCAAUAGCGUUACGCAUUUCGGAGAAAGAGAGUUCAGUAAGAAUGGACACAGAACUAUUAUAUUUAAGGAUAAUACAGUCCGUCAAAACCGUAACGGACUCUCCGAUACGGAUCUACGCAAAAUAGAUAUAAUCUACGGCCCUGAAUGCCAGAAGAGAGACAGACAGGAGAAGAUAGAUCAAUGUCAGAAUUACCCUGGCGUCGCUAGAAGGAAACGAGACAUAGACCUUAGCGCUAUCGGUCCUAGUUUACGAGUUAAUCGAGAUAUAACCGCACCACCUAUUAACAAAACUGAAUUAACAAGUUUAGACCAUUUAGGUAUAGAAAAUGAAGUAAAAGAAAUAUUAGAGAAAGUCUACACGGUUACUUCUUUAGCGUUAAAAAAUGCUAGAGGUAAAUAUUGUAAUGAGUCGAACGAUAUCAGAUCUAGUAUGGAACCGUCUGAUAUUCUAGGAUUGGUUGAAUUAGUUACUGAUUACGCGAAAUCUAUAGUAAAUCACGCGGUUGAGAAUAUAACUGAAUUCUGCGAAGCGUCUAAUUCUAUCGAUGAAUAUCAUAUUGCUAGAUGUGGUUAUUUUGGUAAAUGUAAAAUACUUAAAUCGACUAAUUUCGGUAUUAUAAGGUAUUCAACAAACCAUAGACCUCACUAUCCAUUGUCGACUAAUUUUUAUAGAGAUUUAAGUGUUUACGAAAAGUCUAAAUCAAGAAUAGGGAAUGAAACUAAUGAAGGAACAAAAGAUGUUAGACGUAAGAGAUCUGUGACUGAGAAAAUGCAAAUAACUCAAGAAACAAGUACGAUUAAUGUAAUAUUGAAUACGACGGAAACGGGACAGAUUAAAAAUGUAACGGAAACGGUUACAACGCAGAAAGAUGUCAUCAAAGAAUUGACAGUGGAUAUUAGAAGACGCUUCGGUGAUUUCCGUAUCCACAAACAGAAAAAAGGCGAAAAACCGGAAAUAUUCGAAUCCGAUUUGUCACUGGAGGCCAAAGAGCAAGUAUUCAAACCAACAUCGAAAAACCGUCUAACGCAGAAGAAAAAAAUGUCCGACAAUUGGGCUAAAGAAAAAAGGAAAGUACAAGAGGAACCAGAAGCGAAAUCCACGCCUAAAACUGUACAACUAUCGAAAGAAAACUUGGAAUUUUAUUCUGAAAGACGUUGGCCUGAUAACGUUGUACCUUAUUAUGUUAAAAACUCUAUAAAAAAUUACGACUUAGAUAAAGUAAAGCAACGUUUGGAAGACGUUAAUCGUAUACUAAAAGCUGAAACCUGCGUUCAUUUAAAAGAAAUAAGUGAAUAUGAAGUAAGCAAGUACCAAGACUAUUUGGUUGUUGAUCAGAGUCCGGAUUACGUCACUGGAAGAGUUGGCGGGAAACAGAACUUCGGUGCAUUGGAGCUAUUUGAAGGUAAACAGCACAGGCAGCAUGCCGCGAUGGUGGUGAUGUCGAUGCUCGGGUUCUACUUCGAGCCGGCGCGCCACGACCGGGACAAACACAUUAGAGUCCACGUGCGACAUAUCAGACCAGAUAAAUUACAUCACUUUGAGAAGAUGCGAGCCGAAGCUACUCUGCCAUUGCCCUACGAUUAUCAGAGCGCGACACAUCCCUCUUGGCAGUUCUGGAGACAAAUUGGUAGGACUGGAAUUUCGACUGUAGCUACGUACAAAGACAAGGAUCCUGACGGCAGCAUAAUGAAGUCUCUUGGCCAACAUUCGAAGUUACUAUCAAAUAUUGAUAUUAUAAAAAUAAACAGCGUAUACGGUAUAAAUUGUUUUCGCUGAUUUAGAAGAAAAAGAAGACAUCAUUAUUAAUAUUGUAUAAAUAUUUUAAAUGUGAAUAAAAACUCACUUCACUUUCUUUUA